CUAUAUAUUAGAAAUGCUCUUUCCAUGAAGCUCUAUAUAUAAGUUAGAAUAGACGUUGGUAAACUAAAGUGGCCUAUCUGUUAUUUGUUUAGUCAAUUACAUAAUGGAAGUCCCCUUCUUCAUUGCUCCUAAUUUUCCUACCUUUACUUCUUGCGUUCAUUAAAAAUCAUAAAAGAGUGAAGAAAUUGCCUCCGGUCCAUGGAAACUCCCAAUCAUCAGAAACUUACAUCAACUCAAAAUCUAUCGGCCUCAUGCACCUUAAACUUGGUGAACGUUCAACUGUUGUCAUAUCUUCAUAUAAAAUACUAAAAGAAUUGAUGAAAAUAGGUGACACUGUGUUGUCACAUAGGCCAGAGCUCCUUGUCGCGAAGACCGUAGCGUACAACGGUAAAGACAUUACUUUUGCUCCCUAUGGUGAUUACUGGAGACAGAUGCGCAAAAUAUGCACGUUAGAAAUCCUUAGAACCAGAAGAUUUCGCUCGAAUUAUCCUCUUAUGUACGAGGAAAUUUCUCGUUUAGUGAAAACUAUUAAGGAGUCAUCAGCUAAAGGUACCCCAAUAGAUGUGUACGAGUGUUUUAACUCGAUCACUUGUGCUAUUAUAUGUAGGGCUUCGAUUGGAAAGGCAUGUAAAGAUCAAGAUUCAUUGAUAUCCACAAUAAACAAAAUAACACUUCUCGUGGGACAUUUUAACAUCUCAGAUUUGUUCCCUUCCCUCGGGUUUCUCAAUCGAUUCAUUACAGGAUCUAAUCAAAAGCUACCGAAAAUGCAUCAUGAAUUAUUUGAUCACCUUCUAGAAGAAAUUGUUACGGAACACGAAGAAAGCAUAAGAAAAAAUAAUGUUGAUGAGGAAGAUCUUUUGCACCUUUUUCUAAAGCUUAGAGAGAAUGAGAGCCACAAUUUUCAUAUCCAUAUUACAAGAGAUAACAUCAAAGCCAUCAUCUUGGUAAGUACAUAAUAAUGCAUUUUUCCAAUAUCCCUCUACGUAUCUUAUUCUUUUUGACAAUUAUUAUUACUUUUCAUAUUUAGGAUUUCCAAUUAUUACUUUUCAUAUUUGGGAUUCCCUUUGUCUCAAUUUAGGGGACACUUUUGGUAAUCAAUUUGAUUAGUAUUUAAAUAUU